UCCUUUAAUAACAUUUUUGUUUUCUUUUUUCUGAGUAAACACCUUUGAGGAGCAGGGGAGACAGAAGGUUGCGUGCUAGCGAGAUGAGAAGGCUGGCAUCCCAACCAGACCCCUGCUUUGGGAUGGAUAAGAAGAAAAUUCUGAUGAAAUCCAAGGUUGCUGCUCCUAACCUCCUGAGGGCCCUGCAUUCCCUGUACGAGUUGGGUCAUCUCUGCGAUGUGACAGUUCACACGCAGUAUCUAGGAACUCAGGAGGAGUUUCUGGUUCACAAAGCUGUCUUGGCAGCUUCCAGCAAUUAUUUCAAAGGACUUUUCCUGCAUGAUGAGAUGCUGGACACCAAGAAUUACACGGUGACUCUACAAGACACUUGCAUGGAAGAGUUCGCCUCUUUUCUGGAGUUCGUAUACACCGCAGAAGUAGAGAUUGAAGCGGAAAAACUGCAGCGAAUGAAGGAAAUAGCCGAAAGACUUGAGUGCAAGGAUUUGCUUGACGUUUGUGAAGAAGUGAGAGCAGAGGGCAAGAAGGGCUUAGAUUUGAGCCUCCCUCAGCCAUGCGAAAAUGGUGGAGCACAGUGGCCUCGCAUCCAGCAAGAAGAGGACCACAGAGGGAGCAGCUCUUCCCAAGUGAUGGCAGUACCCAUGCAGGGGAAACUUUGGGACAGGCCAAAACAUAAAAAGCUGCUGGCUGGUUAUGAGCUUGUUGAAGGCCAGCCAGCAAGUCUGGAGCAGCAGGGCACUGCCUUUCCAGAACCAAAAUCCAGGACAGCAAAGCCACCAAAACGUAACAAGACAGACACCAACAGCAGCCUUGGCACGGGUGUCAUUAUUCCGGAGCACAAUAGUCAUUCUCCUGUAACUCAGACCGAGUCAAAGGAAGCCUGUGUAGUGAUUAGCAGUACGCUGCCUGAGCAGUGGGAAGAUGAAAAUGGUUUAACUUCCAAACUUAGCAGUAAAACAGAACGUAGGAAAUCGCCGCGGCAUGUGGCCAAAGUCUUGCCGCAGAUGGCAUGCGAGAAGUGCAACGCAUCGUUCCGCGUUACCGAGCACUACCAGUCACACAUGGAGCUCAAGCACGAUGUGCAUCUUGCUGUCAAGUACAGCUGCAGCGUGUGCCAGCAGCUCUUCUCCAGCCACCAAAACCUCAGGCAGCAUCACCUCACCACUCACAGUGAGGAGCGGGGCUUUUCCUGCCUCUUAUGUGACAAGAGGUUUAAGCGCCAGAAGGACAUAAAUGACCAUGUCCGGAGGGUACACGAGAAGAAGCGGGACCCGCAGGCGUGCCCGUACUGUGACAAGGUCAUCAGCUCCAAGUGUGGCCUGACGGUCCACAUACGAACGCACACAGGGGAGAAACCGUACAAAUGUGAGCACUGCCCUGCCAGCUUUGCUCAGAGGUCUACUUACAACACCCACGUCAGAAAAAUCCAUGAAUCUGGGCAAGAGAGGAAACUUUUGCCGGUCUACUGGAUGGAAGUUCCGCCUGCACGCAGACCAAGUGCAGCUGGCGGCAGCAAAGACCCUGAGAGGGAGACGUGGGAUGGGGCCUCAGAGGCUGAACUACAGAAGUGUGCUGUGCUCAAAGAGGCUGCAAGCCAUGAGGAGGAACCUGCUCCCAAGGCAGACAGUAGCAGUGAGCAAGAACAGAAGCAGAAGUAUAAGGAAGCUGAAGCAAGAAGGGAAAAACCGAGUGAAGAAGGGAAUGAAGUUGAAGGUGAAAUGAGUGUGAAGGGAGAGGAGGAGGUAGAUUACGAAGCAGGGUAUUCAGAAGUUGAAGAUGAUAAUGAGGUUGCCUGUGCUGAGGGCGAUGAGGAUGAAGAACGCUCUAAUGAGAAGGAUGCUGAAGAACGUGAAUCAGACAAAGACUUUAAAAUGAAGAAGGUAAAUAAAAGUGGGGCGAAUAAGAAAUCUGCCUAUGUAAUAACAUGUGAUAAGUGUAAUGAGCAGUUCGUUUCCCGGAAAAAAUAUGUGGAUCACUGCAGGGAUGUCCAUCAGUGCUUGCCUGGCAAAGUCUAUCAGUGUGAUGUCUGCAGCAAGUCAUUUGCUAGCUACAACAGCUGGAAGGAGCAUCGAGCUUGUGUCCACAGUGAAGAAAGGCAGUUUGCCUGCACCCUUUGCAAUGCCACUUUUAAAAGAAAGAGAGAUGUGAGGACGCAUUAUAUGCGGAAGCAUGAAGGCAGAGUCAAACGCCCUCUCUGCUCCGUCUGUGGGAAGAUCCUCAGCUCCCGAACAGCGCUGGUGUUUCAUAUGCGGACGCACACAGGAGAAAAGCCGUACGAAUGUGGCAUUUGUCAUUCAAAGUUUGCUCAGCCAUCACAACUUAAGAUCCAUACCAGGUCCCAUACAGGGGAAAAGCCAUACAUUUGUGAAGACUGCGGGGCUUGCUUUGCCGAUAAAGGGAAACUCACUGGCCACAAAAGGACACAUACAGGAGAGCGCCUCUUUAAAUGCGAUGUAUGCGGAAAACACUUUGCCACCAAUGAAUACCUAAAAUGCCAUAAACGAUGCCACAUGGGUGCGAAGCCAUACAAGUGUGAGGUUUGUGGGAAGACGUUCGGCUUGCGAGCCUCGCUAGCUCAGCACAGCAACGUCCAUGCAGAAACCCGUCCGUACUUCUGUGAGCAGUGCGGGAAAACGUUCACCCAGCAGGGCGCCCUGCGGCGCCACGAGCGCAUCCACACCGGGGAGAAGCCGUACAAGUGCCGGGCAUGCGAGAGAGCCUUCACGGACAUGUCCACGCUGCGGAGACACGUGGCGCCUUUUGCAGAGAGCAGCAAGAUGGAAAGCAAUGCGGUUCUCCUUGAGUCCAAGUCUUCUCCCAUCAACCUGCUGAAUGAGAUGCAUCAGCUGCGCCUCCUGGGCCACCUCUGUGACGUGACGGUCAGCGUGGAGUACCAGGGCGUCAGGGCAGAGUUCGUGGCUCACAAGGCUGUGCUGGCAGCAACCAGUAAGUUCUUCAAGGAAGUGUUCCUUAACGAGAAGAGCGUGGACGGCCCGAGAACCAAUGUCUUCUUGAAUGAGGUCCAGGUUGCUGACUUUGCUUCGUUUCUGGAGUUUGUCUAUACUGCUAAGGUAGAGGUGGAAGAGGACAGAGUGCAGCGGAUGCUUGAGAUAGCCGAAAAGCUAAAGUGCUUGGACCUAUCAGAAACCUGCUUUCAACUGAAGAAGCAGAUGCUUGAGUCGGUGCUUUUGGAGCUGCAAAACUUCUCCGAAUCACAGAACUCUGAGGAAGAGAGUGCAGCCCAGGUGAGCGUUUUGCACGAGUCCAAAGCAGCUGCUGUGGCAGAAGCUGACCGGGCAGACCAUCCUCUGGAUCCUCCGGAUUCCCCAGCAGACAAGCCCAGAAACGGAGUGCCCCCUGAGGUGCCGGCUGCCAAAUCAAAAGAGAAAAUGGACAAAAAGAAAGAAACGAUGAAACCUCCUUAUGCCAAAAUCAGGAGGGCGAGCGGGAGGCUGGCUGGGAGGAAAGUAUUUGUGGAAAUCCCGAAGAAGAAGUACACGAGGCGGCUGAGGGAGCAGCAGAAGAACGCUGAGGGUGCUGCAGAAGAGGACAGCUACCCACAAGACCCGGAGGUGUGCGACAGGGAGAAGGAGGAGGAGGAGCAGGCGCAGAACACCAUCAAACCUGAAAGUGAAGAAUGCGAUGGUAACUUCGAAUCGGAGGAAAACCUGAACAAAUCCGAAGAGGAUAAAAAGAAACGAGGCAGUAACUUCAAGUGCAGCACGUGUGAGAAGGAAUUCCUGUACGAGAAGAGUUUCCUCAAGCACAUCAAACACAGCCACGGCAUCGCAGCCGAAAUUAUUUAUCGGUGUGACACCUGCAGUCAGACCUUUGCCAACCGGUGCAACCUAAAAAGCCAUCAGCGCCAUGUCCACAGCAGCGAGCGCCACUUCCCUUGUGAGCUCUGCGGUAAGAAGUUCAAGAGGAAGAAGGACGUCAAGAGGCACAUUCUCCAGGUUCAUGAGGGUGGUGGGGAGCGUCAUCAGUGCCAGCAGUGUGGAAAGGGGUUGAGCUCCAAAACUGCCUUGAGGCUCCAUGAAAGGACGCAUACAGGCGACAAGCCUUAUGGGUGCACAGAGUGUGAGGCUAAAUUUUCUCAGCCUUCAGCACUUAAAACACACAUGAGAAUCCAUACUGGUGAAAAACCUUUUGUCUGUGAUGAGUGUGGUGCCAGGUUCACUCAGAAUCACAUGCUAAUAUAUCACAAACGAUGUCACACAGGAGAAAGGCCUUUUAUGUGCGAAACGUGUGGGAAGAGCUUUGCCUCCAAGGAGUACUUGAAGCACCAUAACAGAAUCCAUACUGGAUCCAAACCGUUUAAAUGUGAAGUCUGCUUCAGAACAUUUGCACAGAGGAACUCGCUUUACCAGCAUAUAAAGGUUCACACAGGCGAGCGGCCCUACUGCUGUGACCAGUGCGGGAAGCAGUUCACCCAGCUCAACGCGCUGCAGCGGCACCACCGCAUACACACUGGGGAGAAGCCGUUCAUGUGCAAUGCGUGCGGGCGAACCUUCACGGACAAGUCCACCCUCCGGCGGCACACGUCGAUACACGAUAAAAACACACCAUGGAAGUCCUUCCUCGUCAUUGUUGAAGGAGCAUCUAAGAACGAUGAAGGUCACAAAACAGAACUCCCAGAUGAAGACUAUGACGUGUCACCUAAAAUGCCAGAGAAGCUGCUGUCUUUCUCGGAAAAUGGCCACUAUCAAAGCUUGGCUGCUGUCCCAGGGAGCGUGACUGCACUGCAUGACAGCGGGUCUGCACCAGGGACAGACUGUAAGUCAGAUGGGACUCCCGGACCCCAGGAAGCCCUUAUAGCUACCACCCUAAGUGAGCUGACAGUACUGCAUACACAGACAGACUCUAUUCAGCCACAGCUUCAUGCUCUGGUGAAUAUGGAGUAAGUUGGCAUUACAAAUCCAGUUCAAGCUGCGCGCUUUGUAUAGUCCUUUGACUUUGCCAAUAACCUGCUGAGGGAACUAGGAGAAGCUACAAAAAGGAAGCAGGGCUAAAAAUGAAUGGCAUAUGCUGGAUUACCAGAAUUUCCUUUAAAAAAAAUUAUUCACUUCCAAUGCGUACAGCUCCAUCCCCUGCAGGUAGGGUAGAGUAACACCAAAUCCAGUUUGGUUUCAUCAACUGGAUUAAGUUUGUUCUCUGCAGCUAAACGAAGGCUGGAGGUAGGUGCAGUUCAGCGUUAGCUGCCCUGCAGUGAAGAUACCUACAUUCAGAUAGGCUAUAAGGAAGGUGCAAGUUUGAUUUGCAGCUGGUUUGAUUACAUGUGUACAAUCAAGAGAAAUGAUGUGGUGUUUCUCAGCCUGGUAGCUAAGCGAUAUAAGCUGCCUUUUCCCUAGUGGAAAUACUUACAUAGAUUAAGUUUUGCUAAAUUGCAUUUCAGGAAAUGUUGGUUUCUCUUUGCUUUCUCCAAAGAGCCAAGCAGUAAGCCAGCUCGCUCCUCAGGACUGUGAGUGGGAGCAAGCUUUGGAAAGAUCUGGAGUUCCAGAAGUCGCGAUUCUCUAGUUGCAAAAUAGGCAAGUGGAAGCCCAGUGCUGUGUCUGUACAGGUGGUGGUAUUAUUUUUACUUUACAGUGAAACUUGGUGCAGUUUGACACUAGUAUUCAGCCAGACAGUCUUUAUCUUCCAGCUGCUCCAGUUUACAGAAAACUUGGCUAUUGAGAGAACAAAUUCUCUUUUGUAAAAAUGUUUAUGAAAAAUGGUACUUGAGCUCUACUGGAAAAGCCAGCGUAACGAAGCCCCUUGUAGAAAGACAGCUUACUGGCUUUUUCCUGUUGAAUUGUACCUAAGCUCUUUGCUGCUGGUCCAGUUACGUCAGCAAUGCUCUUUUCUCCACCAUCACUUAAGCAUUGCUGUUGUGCAGAACUGCAGACCUCCUUGUAAAUUAAGUAAAAUUCUGGUGGGAAAAGUUCAUUACUGUUUGCUGACAAGUUGCUACAGCUAAUUCCACUAGUACAAGUCUCCUGAGGUAAAUUCAGUUGCAAAUGGGAGGGAGCCAGCGUUCCUAUGACAAAUGGCAUUAACACAUGCGAAUAAGUGAACUAUGUUCAAGGCAAUUAGGCCUUGAUUUCCCAGAUUCCAAAUACCUUGUUUGUAAGCUUAUGUUGGAAUCUGAAGGGCAGUUUUAGGCUGAUAUUUGUUUAACUUGUCCGAAGUUAGCUCUUAAGGGGCAGACAUUAAAAACAUGGGUGAUAAAUAAAGUUGCAGCUCAAAGGGCUUUUCCUAAUUAUUAAAA